CACUCCGAGCUCGAGAUGUGGACUGUAACGUGGAGUGUGUGGGUUCUGUUAGUUUGUGACUUGGUGUUUAGUGAAAGACAAAGAAGGCCGGUGUUUACAUGCGGUGGGAACGUUACUGGAACUUCAGGACUCAUCGGGAGUCAGGGCUACCCCGGGGUUUACCCUCCUAACACCAAAUGUGUGUGGAAAAUCACGGUGCCUCACGGCAAAGUGGUGUCCCUUACCUUCCGUUCCCUCGACCUGGAAAACGACGGGCUUUGCCGCUACGACUACGUGGACGUUUACGACGGAUUCGUGAACAGCCAGCGGCUCGGGCGCUUCUGUGGCACAGCACGGCCGGGAGCGCUGAUCUCCAGCCACAACAGGAUGCAAGUAGUGAUGGUUUCAGACGCCAACACGGCCGGGAGCGGCUUCCUGGCCGGAUACGUUGCUGUUCGGCCAAACGCCAGGGGGGAGCGGUACUGCGGCGGACUCCUGGACAAACCCUCAGGAACCUUCAUGACCCCAAACUGGCCGGAGAGAGACUACCCUCCAGGGGUGACAUGCUCAUGGCAUAUUGUAGCACCUGAGCACCAUAUAGUAGAACUGAAGUUCGAGAAGUUCGACGUGGAGAGAGAUAACUACUGCCGCUACGAUCACAUGGUCGUUUACAACGGCGUGGAAACGAGCGACGGGAGCAGGAUCGGGAAGUUCUGCGGCGACAGCCCUCCUGCGCCGAUCUACUCUGACGGCAGUCACCUCUUCGUCCAGUUCGUGUCUGAUCUGAGCCUCACCGCCGACGGCUUCAUCUGCCAUUACGCGUUCAAGCCGAAGAACUCCACCAUCACGGGCUCCCUCGUCCCCGUUACUGCAGCCUCUCCCACCACUGCAGCGCCCGUAGCACUGGUGUAUUCUGAAGCUCUCUGCAAGCAGAAGUGCAAGAGGAGCGGAACAAUCGAAAGUCAUUACUGCUUAAGCAACUUUGUGCUGACAGGAACGCUCGUCUCGGCUGCCAUGAGGGAACACAGCGUGCUCGCUACCUUCUCCAUCGGCAAUGUGUACAAGGAAGGAAACCUGUCCAUCCAGCAGGCGGGGAAGAGCAUGAGCACUACAGUGGUGAUCUUGUGUAAGAAGUGCCCUUUGGUCAGGAGAGGUCUGAACUACAUCGUCAUGGGUCACGUGGACGAGCAGGGACAGGGCGUGGUUUUGCCUCAGAACUUUGUCAUGGCCUUCAAGACUAAGAAGCAGAAGGAUCUGGCCGUGCUGAACAACGUGCGGUGCUGACGCGUCGUGUUCACCCAGUCAACUAUGAUCUGGUCAUUGAUUUUUUCUCCAUCACCAAUGUCGGACAGCACGUUCAG